AGGUUGGUAAGCAACAUGGAACCUGGAAAUCAAACAGGUGCAUAUUACUUUUAUCUGACUGAGCUAACCAAUGAUCCUACAAUGAAGCUCCUCAUAUUUGGCCUCUUCUUGUUUAUAUAUCUGGUCACAAUUCUGGGAAAUUUGCUCAUCAUCAUUGCUGUCAGCUCUGACUCUCAUCUACAAACACCAAUGUAUCACUUUCUCUCCAAACUUUCAUUUGCUGACAUCUGCCUAAGCACAACUACCAUUCCAAAUAUGCUGAAGAACAUUCACACACAGGAUCAGAGCAUCAGUUACACAGGUUGCCUCAUUCAGGCCUGCUUUGUUCUGAAUUUUGCUUUAGUAGAAAGCUGUAUCCUUGCUGCAAUGGCCUAUGACCGCUAUGCAGCUAUUUGUCAUCCCCUGAAUUACACAGUAAUUAUGAAUCACCACUUCUGUGAUCUGCUAAUUCUACUGUCCCUGAUCAUUAGUAUUGUGAACAGCUUAUUACAGUGUCUUAUGGUACUGCGACUAUCAUUUUGCACAAAUAAUGAACUUCCCCUGUUCUUCUGUGAACUUGCUCAAGUCAUCAAGCUUGCCUGUUCUGAUACUCUAAUCAAUUAUAUCCUCAUAUAUCUUGCAACAUUUAUAUUUGGUGGAAUUCCAAUCUUUGGAAUCAUUUUCUCUUAUACUCGAAUUGUCUCUUCUAUUUUGAAAAUAUCUUCCCUUAGAGGAAAGUACAAAGCCUUUUCUACUUGUGGGUCUCACCUUUCAGUUGUCUCUUUAUUUUAUGGUGCAGGAGUUGGAGUUUAUAUUAGCUCUUCAAUUACUGUUUUCCCUCAGACAACUAUAGUGUCAUAUAUUAUGUACACAGUGCUCCCUCAAAUGUUGAACCCUUUUAUCUAUAGCUUAAGGAAUAAAGAUAUGAAAGAAGCCUUACGAAAGCUCAUUGCUAAGGAAUCCAGACUUCCCUGA